AGAUGGUCUUAACAAUAGCCCCUCUUUUUUCCCAUGAGCCACCGCGCUCUUCAUGCCGCCGUGAGUGCAUCUGAAUCACACUGAUGUUGUUUGUAAAUAAUCCAAGAUUUUAAAAGAUGUCUGAGCUGUUUAUGGAGUGUGAGGAGGAGGAGUUGGAGCCAUGGCAAAAGGCAAUACCUGAAAUUAAUCUGAUUGAUGAUGAUGAUGAAGAUGAUGAUGAACCAAUAUUUGUUGGUGAAAUCUGUAGCUCUAAGCCUACAGUCAACACAAAGCCGAGGGUUGGUAACCAGCAGAACCAGCGUAAUGUUACGGUUCAAAAGCCCCCAACGUUGGUGUCGCCACAAAAGACUCUACAGACCCAAUUGAACUCUGCUAGGGUUGCUUCAGCUCCUACCAUCAUGGUCAGAGGUCCAGCCCCAUCAGGAGGCAACCCUGUUCUUAUACCGAUCAACCCUUCUCAAACAGCCCCUCAACCGAUCAUUAUUAACAAUCAGGGUUAUAUUGUAGCAUCACCUCAGAAUCUUAACAGCAACGCUUCAUUCAUCAGCUCUGUGGGGUCACAGUAUCCAGUGGGAACAGCCAUCGCUGUUGUUCCAGCAGCAGGUCAGCAGAUAGUACCGCAGAUCAGUGCAGUUCCACAGCCAGGGGUCAUUCACAGGCCUCAGGUGCAGCUCAUUCAGGACAAUGUGGUGACCUUGUCCAAUGUACAGGCUCCUGCUGUCAUUUCUCAGCAGUCCCACGCCACUCCAGACCAGCGCCCCGUGCAGGUCUCGCAAAACAAAGUGGGCUUAAUUCCAGCAAGCAUAGCCAAGCAGAAAACCACAUCACCACAAUCUAUGAACAACAGAGAUAAUGGCACUGUGAAAACUGACACAAACAACAGCGUGUCCAAAAAAGGAAAGGUUGACAUGGAGACGCAGUUUCCCUUCAAAAAGAAAUGCCCAAAGUGUCCGAAUAUGUUUGGGGUUCAGCAAUUAAAAAUACAUAUGAAGGUUUGCUGCCCUGAAUUGUUGGACUCUGUGUUUCCUUCAACAUCAAAACCUGACAAACAAGCCACAGCUAUUAUAGCAAAAACAAAUGAACUGGACAGAGGCAAACUUAUCAUGCUGGUUUCAGACUUCUAUUAUGGGAAAUGUGAAGGGGACUUAUCUCUGAUCCCGAAAACGAAGACCCCCGCCACUACCUUCAAGUGUAACAGCUGUUUAAAAUUGCUCAAGAACAAUAUCAGGUUCAUGAAUCACAUGAAGCAUCACCUGGAGUUGGAGAAGCAGAACAGUGAGAGCUGGGAAAGUCACACUACAUGUCAACACUGUUACCGACAAUACUCUACUCCCUUUCAACUCCAGUGUCACAUAGAGAGUGCCCACAGUCCCUUUGAGUCCUCCACCAACUGUAAAAUAUGCGAAUUGGCUUUUGAGACUGAACAAGUUCUUCUGGAGCACAUGAGGGACAAUCACAAACCUGGAGAGAUGCCUUAUGUCUGUCAGGUCUGUAACUACAGGUCAUCUUUCUUCUCUGAUGUGGAUACCCAUUUCCGCACAGUUCACGAAAACACUAAAGACCUGCUUUGUCCCUUCUGCCUAAAAGUUCUCCGCAGUGGACAUAUGUUCAUGCAACACUACAUGAGGCAUCAAAAAAAGGGGAUUCAAAGAUGUGGAAAGUGCAGAUUAAAUUUUCUCACCUACAAAGAGAAAGUGGAACACAAAACAAACUUCCAUCGAACUUAUAGGAAGCCAAGAAGCCUUGAAGGGUUGCCUCCAGGAACCAAGGUGACGAUUCGGGCCUCACUUUUCGGUACGCCUGUGUCUUCUGAAAGUUUGAACAAGGCCUUCGUCAUAUCCACAAGUCCUGAAUCAACCAAACAACAAAACAGAUCAACAACAAAGACAACCAAAUCAAGCCUCAAUGGAGGAAAAGCAAAACAGUCCACAAACCACUUGGUUUUGAGCCGAAGCAUUCACAAUAAUGAGCUUAAACGUUUAAAACUACCUAGUGGAGUAUAUAAGUGUGCGGAGUGUCUGGACGCAAUUGUGGAUCCCUUCGUUCAUUACCCUUUAUUACUGAAGUGCACCGUAUGCAAGUACAGAACAAGCUGCCAGAAUGCAUUUGGACAGCAUAUGGUCAGGUUUCACAGCAGUACUGCAAAAGCACGAUCUGGCAAAGUAAAGAAGCCUCCGCAUGGUAUUCGGAGUCUGACUUUGGUGUGUCUCAAGUGUGACUUUUUGGCAGAUGCCUCUGGCACUGACCAGAUGACUGAACAUUUGCUUAACAGGCCGAACCACACCUGCCAGGUCAUCUUGGAGCCAGUUGCCAAUGGAGGAUCAGAAGUCGAGAGGUCAGUGGAGAACAAAGACGACUCUGAACAACUCCUUUCCCUUAAGAACGAUUCUGAGAUCAUAGCAGAUGAGACCGAACCAAUUCAAGUCCCUGAAGUACAGUCUAUACCAAACAAGGAUAACGUACCCACAGAGGAUGGGUCACAGGUUCUUGAAACUGACAAAUGUGACCCAGAUAUGUUAAAAGAUGAGACCGUUGAGACCACACCCAAUGUUUCAACAGAGGAAUCGCCCAGGAGCGUCUCCCCUCAUUCACCCUCUGAGGCUCCUGUCAGCCCCCUUUGCCCCCUCACUGACGGAGGUGAUGUAACUCCCUCUGACUUUAUGUGUAACGCCGAUGACUCGGAGUCUAUGAACACAGACUCACAACUGGAACCUCUCACUCCAUCUAAGGCCCUAGAGGAUGACCUCACUGAGAACUCAAAAAUGGAGAUUGAUGGGUAACUGUAACCCAACACAAACAAGAAUGAUGACUUUGGAGCAUUGGAAAACUACAAGCAGCAGAGUUUAUCUCAGCUUCUCCCCCCUUUUUAUAAAAAAGCAUUAAUAGGAACUUUGUAUCUGUAUCUGGAUCAAGAAUGAGAUGGAAAGCAUAUUGUUUGUGUAAAAAGUCUUUACUGUAUGAGUCCCAUGAUACUGUACUUAUGUAAAGUUUUAAGACGCAGCCUCUUAACCAGAGAUGCAAGGGCAGCAUUUAUGAAUGUUCUUAUACGUACAAUUAUGUUUUUGCCCCACAGUUUUGGUCUUUGAUUGGACUCUAUAAAUGAUCAUAGUAACCAAAAGUAACCAAAUCGGUGCUGAUUCAAACACCUCUCUUUACAUUUGGUGGUUUAAUAGGACAAAGACCAAGCUUAUUAGGUUCUCAUUGUACUGUACUUUGGAACAAUACAAAUCCUUAUAGUUUGUUUAUUAUAGUUUUUAGAUAUUUUUAGUUUGAAUGUUUAUGUACUACAUCAAGCUAGGACCUGAGGAUCGUUUCUUCUAUUACUUGAGACUGAAAGCAAUGUAGAGACUCAUUUAUUUGUCUUAAUCAGAAAUAAACUUUUGUAAAGUAUG